AUUGGCAACGCAUCCAUAAGAGUCUAACACACCGCUCUCGACCACUUCCAAUUCGAAUCCGCCCUUCUUCCCUUCCGCUCCCCAUGGCGAGUACAUCUUCUCCGGACGUGCCCUCUCCCUCGGACGAACUUCAAGAAGAGAACAACGCCCCAGCCGACUCCCAGCUUCCUAGUCCGAAGCACCCAUCUCCGGCUCACGAUUUAAAGCCCAGCAGCCCUGUCCUCCACGCACACGACGAUUCCAGGUCAACUUCCAGGACGUCGUCGAGAUCGGAGACCUCCCAGGAACGCUUCGAAAGGGAAAAAGCCGCCGUCACAAAUGUCAUUGCCGGUUUGGAUAAGGACGGGGAAGCUUCGGAGGAGACUCUUCGGCUUGUUGAGGGGCUCCAGCGUAUCGCUGGUGAGGACGAGGAUGGGAGUGGGAGUGGGGGACGGAGUGAGGCGUUUGCUAAUGAUGGUAGCGAUGAUGGUAAUGAUGAUGAUGAUGUCGAUGAUGAUGAUGUCGAUGAUGAUGACGAUGCUGCAAGCGUUGGGAGCAACAAGCUUGACCUUCAGCCCGAGACGACCGAAGCAUCCAUCGAGCACGACUCCGCGGUAGUCUCACCAACGGCCAACCCCACAAACAGCACCACUCCGACGACAUUCCGCAAACACAAACGUCACCUGUCCGACCAUUCAAUACCCGCUCCCCAGCAGCGAGCCCAGUCUCUCCAUUCCGCAAACAUCUCUCCGCCGCAUCAGCAGACUCGGCCUACCUGGGGCAACUAUUCCACCACAACCCAUUCCGGAUUCUCCCCCGACCAGUCUCCUCCACUCCCGCCGAAGCUGGAGGAGCCCAAGGCCACCAACCCGAACAAGACCAACAACACGAAGAAGAAGAACAAACUCAAACCCACCCGUCUCGCAUCCUUCCUAGACCGCCUCAUCUACCGUCUCGGCCUCCUCGCCUCUCUCCUCCUCCUCUUCACCCUCCUCCACCCUGUCCUCCCCGCCUCCUUCCCUGUGCCCUUCCUCGCCCUCUCUCCUCCCACGGCUCCUCCCGCUCCCCCUGCUCCUCCACCUCCUCCACCUCCGCCGCCAAACGACCUCUCAACCCACGCCCUACUCCCGGGAGUGAGCAGCGCGAGAAAAGAUACCGUCAAACUAGCCCUCCACCUCACAGGCCUCGUCGCGCGGCAUCGGGCGUUCCUCGGAGUCCAUCACGGAGGCGGGCCGUUCAACGAGACGGACAAGCCGGAGAACCUACAUGCGCGGCAGAUGGAAGGGUUGGGAGAGAUGGAGUGUUGGAUCGAAGGGAUGGUGCGGUUGGUCGGACCAUCCUCCUCCUCCUCCUCUGGGUCUGACGACGGCGGAGUGGACCUAGAGGGAGAGAAGUUGCGGGCGAGGAUGGUCCGGGCGGCGGGCGGGUUGAGUGUGGGAGGUCGCGAGGGUAGGGAGUGGGCCGUGGGGAACGGGGUGAAUCGUUUCGUGGAGGAGUACUUGAGGGGAAUCAACGGAUGGGAGAUGUAA